UGUGCGCUUCCUGUUUCGUAUUUAACCAGUGCUCUGUAAGAGAGGAAGACAUCAUUUCAGCUGACAAGCAAAAUGGCUACUUGGUUUCCUGUGAGUCAGUUGCUCCUUGUUGCACUGUUAAGCUGGAGUGUCCUUUGCUUUCCUGCUAAAAAAGGCGGGAGCCAGCAUGAUCCUUAUGAGGGUGGCUUCUCUAAUAUGGCGGCCCCUCCUGGCCUCCAUUAUGGCUCAUCCCAAGGUGCUCCUGCUCAGCCUUCCAGUGUGAGUUCCCCUGCUGCCUCAUACCCAUAUGCAUCAGAGGAGGGAGUGUAUUCUAGUGCUGGAGGCUAUCCAGGAAGCUCUGGUCCUGCUCCAGACAUGUCCAGUGUUGGUUCAUGGAAUGCUGCCCCUGCUUGGUCUCCUUUCUAUCAAGCUGGCGAGCUCGACCACUACGAAUCAAACAUGGAGCACGGUAAUUCGGAAGUAGAAUCUGAAGAGCUGAGUCUUCCCCUGCCGCCACCUCCUCCUCCUCUUCCUCCAUUUCCAGAGCCUGGCUACCAGGCUGGUGAGCUGAGUCAUUACGAGUCAACCUUUGAGCAUGGAAACGAAGAGCGGGAAACAGAAGAACAAGGUUUCAUGCCACCACCUCCCUUUGUUUGGGUGCCACUUGAAGCCGAGGCAGCUGCUUCCACGUUGGAAGGCCCCGCGCAGCCAGUUCCACAACCGCUGACACCACGUGAACCAAGCUUCUACUACCGCUUCUUGACCGGUCAGCUUCCUCCUGGCACUUACACUCACUUUCAGUCCAACUAUGAGCAAGGAAGCGAUCACUGGGAUGAAGAUCACUAUGAGAGAUACCACUACCCUGAGGUUCAAAGUCCGGCCAACCCCAGCCAGACUCAGCAGGACUACCAAAAUUCAAAAGGACUGUAGGACUUUGAAACAACUUGAAGCAGCUGAGGUUAAAGGCGACUCUAGUCUCAUUUACUCCGACGUGUAUCUUGGUGUUUGUGCUCAAGUUGCUUUUGAAAUUUGAAUAAAAUGGUAAAUGAA